AUGGGAAAUUAAUUAUAAUAAUACCAUCAGCUUAUUUUUGAAUUAGAUGAAUCAUGCACAUUUAAGAUGAGUUAUCCAUGCAGUGCCUUAGCUAUUAAUAAGAAUGGCUCUUUAAUAUUGACAAAUAUAUUUUCAAUAAUAUUGUUGAUUGGCUUUAAUGGAAAAUCUUGUAAAUAUAUUUCUGAGGUUUAAAAACAUAAAAAUGCAAUUAGCAUACUAAAAUUUUUAAAAUUAAGGUAGCAAUUUAUAUCAGCGUCCAGCGAUUCAAUCAUAAUAUGGGCUUUAAAUCAUAACUACGGAACAAGAAAUAAAUUUAUUUAAAAAUUGUAAGGCCAUAAAGAUUUGAUAACUAGUUUAGAAAUUCAUCAUUUGAAUGAAGAUUUAAUGGUAUCAGGGGACUAUGAUAAAAGGAUUAAGAUUUGGUCAAUGGAAAAUAUAUAUGGCAAGCAAAACUCAACAUAAUAAUGGAAAUGCAUUCAUGAGAUCAGAGAACUAAAAAGUCAAGUACUCAGCUUAUCAAUAAAUAAUACAGGAAAUCAAAUUAUUGCUUGUGAUAGAGAUUCAUUUAUUUUGGUUAUAGAAAAGAGUAAAUAUGAAAACACAUGGUUUCUUAAACAAAAAAUAGAUGUAGAUUAGCUUGAAGGUUCAGGAGUUAAUUUUAUUAAAGAAGAUAAAUUUAUAUUUUAAUCGAAUAGAAAUAACACUCUUGAUUUAUAUCAAUUAAAACAAGAAGGAAAAUACAUUAAAGAUGAUUAACUUUAGCUAGGAAAUUCUAAACAAAACUAGAUGAGAUAAACUUCAAUAUUCAAUCUAGAAUAGUAAAUUUUGACUAUUAAAAAAGGAAAUAAACUCUUUAUUAUAAGAUUUGAGGAGAAUAAUGAAACUAAAAAGAGGAAUGGGAAUAAUAAAAAAUUUGAAAUAAAAUAUCUCUAAAAAAUCGUUUUUAAAACCAUUUUUUUUCAUAGGGCAAUAACUGAUGAUGGCAAAUAUUUGAUAAUCAAGGAAGGGGUAUCUAAAUCCAUUUAAAUAUGGAAACUUAAAAAAGGUUUAGAAAAUUGA